GAGGCAAUUUGCCAAUUAAUACAUAUGUGACCAUGGGCAUGUUAACUGCUCUGUGCUCACUGGGUCUUUGUUUAUAAAAUCUAAUGUAUUUAUACUGCUUAGUACAAUCUACAUGAACUGAGUGUUAAAGAAUGGCCAGGUGGUUAUGAGUGAAAAAUGAUUCAGGUGACAGAACUAAUACAAGCUAGAGAUGGGAAUGCUUUCAGUAGUAGAGAUAUAAAUCUUUAAAAAACUUUGGCACACACAAAAAGAAAAAGAAGUUCACAUGUAAUUUUAUACUUUUCUAUAAAUUUGUAUAGUAGCAAACUUGUUUUUUCCUGCUGCAUGGAAAAGUAACUUUCAUUCAGUAUUCCCUGCUUCUCUUCAUCUUGGCUCAGGUUAUAAUGGAAAAGUUACUCUUUCAACAGUGCAAAGGUUCUUUGGAAAAGAAACAGAGCAGUGUCAAUAAUUCAAAGUCACAAAGUCAAUUAUAGCACGCUGUUUAUUUGUUUACAAAGACGAUACCUCAAUAGAUUGAUUUCACCCCACAAAAAAAGAGCGUUUAUUAAGACAAAGAGGAAAGAGGGAGAGAAAAAUAAUUGCUCUCUGCUGUGUGAAUCUUGUUUGCAUAUUUCUUAUGGGAUAACUGAUUAGCUGGCAGGCAGUAAAGAGGUCAUUCUGGACACAUUGUCCUUGGGUAGGCUGACUAGGCAUACAAAAAAUCCUGCAAGGCAGGCUGUUUCUCCGUAUUGUCUGCCAGUGACCUUUCAUCAGUACUUUAUCUUAGUUGAACCAGAACUACACUCCUUCCCUCGCUAGAAGUCUCAGUACAUAUGAUGUAUUCCUCUAAGAGGAAUCCUUUUUCUCUAAAUCUGUACUUCUGAGCCUGUAUUUGAAAGUGAUCAUAAUCUGGGGGGCUUAAAAUGGAGUUUCUUUUACAAAGAGUUAUAAUCAUAACCGUUUAUUUGAAUAUAAAUUUGACAUUAAACAUAAAUAUGCAAAAUUUAAAUUUCCCUUUGGUCUUGCAUUUUUCUAAGGAUUAACACCAUUAUUCUCACACUCCAACAAACUAAUAUAUUGUACUGAUAAUCACUAUCAAAUGAAUUGUAAGAGCUAACUGACUCGAAUAGACAAUAACUAACCUUACUUUUAAAGUAUUUUAAGAGACAGUAGCAUAGAUGCCUGCACAUAGCUGAUUAUUGCUCCUGUGCUGCAGUGAAUUACCAUAUGAACACAUUUUGAAAAGAUUUGUUAGCUUCAUGUCCACAGGCAUUACGAAGCAGGAACCACUUUUAGAUUAAGAUUGUAACCUGAGGAAAAGAACAUAUGCGUCAGUUUAGAAAUUAAAAUCCCCUGAGAUAUUUCUUUCAGUAAUGCUUAAAAGCCUAAAUUUGUGCUCGUGUGCCAGUCACCUCUACGUAAGGAAAAACAUUUUGCUACUCUUUGUUAAAAGUGAAGAGGAAAUAUUGUCCACUUGUUUUGUAGAUGUUGGCCAAAUUAUAUAAACUUUAAAAUCUGUAAGACAAAUUGAAAUAUUCCUUUAUUAUGUCUUGUUAGGAUGAGAGAAGUUUGCCUUUCAGCUGCUCCUUAAUUUUAAAAAUAACAACACAGCAACACUUCUCUUUAAAAAUCAAACUCUGCUCAUUUAAAUUCUUUGGUAAUAGCCAUGAAUCCACACCUUAAAAGAAGUAAGGCCGGUGAGUUCGUGAAUCCACUUUCCUACUCAUGAGAAGCCCUAUGAACUGACUUGAAUAGACAGUAACUCACCUUAAAGUAAAUAUUUUCAGAAACAAUAGGUUAGGUGCCUUAGAAAUUCAUUCAGAGGCUUAGAAAUCCACAUUAACACAGUUCUUACAUGCUUGAGUCUGGUCUACAUCCAUUUACGUAAGUAAAACUCCCCUUCCAGACUGACGAAAUUCUUUUUGUGACAAGAAGACAAAGGAAUACGAUGGAUUGAUAAGCGUAGUCACCCGCGCAGAGAGUUCUCGCGCGAUGUUACGACGCUACCGCCCUGACAUCACCAGUUGCCAUGGUAGCACCGCCGAGAGUAAAGGAGGGGUGGUGCUAGACGUUUCGGGCAGAGCUCGGCCGCUGCGGAGGACAAGGAACUCUCCCUCUCCCACUAGUCUGACUUCUUCCAAAAUGAGCGGCCUGGAUGGGGGCAACAAGCUCCCUCUCGCCCAAACCGGCGGCCUGGCUGCUCCCGACCGUGCCUCAGGAGAUCCGGACCUAGACCAGUGCCAAGGGCUCCGUGAAGAAACCGAGGCGACACAGGUGAUGGCGAACACAGGUGGGGGCAGCCUGGAGACCGUUGCGGAGGGGGGUGCAUCCCAGGAUCCUGUCGACUGUGGCCCCGCGCUCCGCGUCCCAGUUGCCGGGAGUCGCGGCGGUGCAGCGACCAAAGCCGGGCAGGAGGAUGCUCCACCUUCUACGAAAGGUCUGGAAGCAGCCUCUGCCGCCGAGGCUGCUGACAGCAGCCAGAAAAAUGGCUGUCAGCUUGGAGAGCCCCGUGGCCCUGCUGGGCAGAAGGCUCUAGAAGCCUGUGGCGCAGGGGGCUUGGGGUCUCAGAUGAUACCCGGGAAGAAGGCCAAGGAAGUGACGACUAAAAAAUGCGCCAUCUCGGCAGCAGUGGAAAAGGAGGGAGAAGCAGGGGCGGCGAUGGAGGAAAAGAAGGUAGUGCAGAAGGAAAAAAAGGUGGCAGGAGGGGUGAAAGAGGAGACACGGCCCAGGGCCCCGAAGAUCAAUAACUGCAUGGACUCACUGGAGGCCAUCGAUCAAGAGUUGUCAAACGUAAAUGCCCAGGCUGACAGGGCCUUCCUUCAGCUUGAGCGCAAGUUUGGCCGCAUGCGAAGGCUCCACAUGCAGCGCAGAAGUUUCAUUAUCCAGAAUAUCCCAGGUUUCUGGGUUACUGCCUUUCGAAACCACCCCCAGCUGUCACCUAUGAUCAGUGGCCAAGAUGAAGACAUGCUGAGGUACAUGAUCAAUUUGGAGGUGGAGGAGCUUAAACACCCCAGAGCAGGCUGCAAAUUCAAGUUCAUCUUUCAGGGCAACCCCUACUUCCGAAAUGAGGGGCUCGUCAAGGAAUAUGAACGCAGAUCCUCUGGCCGAGUGGUGUCUCUUUCCACUCCAAUCCGCUGGCACCGAGGCCAAGACCCCCAGGCUCAUAUCCACAGAAACCGGGAAGGGAACACUAUCCCUAGUUUCUUCAACUGGUUUUCAGACCACAGCCUUCUAGAAUUCGACAGAAUUGCAGAGAUUAUCAAAGGAGAACUGUGGCCCAAUCCCCUACAAUACUACCUGAUGGGUGAAGGGCCCCGUAGAGGAAUUCGAGGCCCACCAAGGCAGCCAGUGGAGAGCGCCAGAUCCUUCAGGUUCCAGUCUGGCUAAUCUCUGUCCUGUGAGAAGCUUCUGCACAAGUUUCCUUACCACCUCCCCUUGGACCUAUGCUUGGCCAACAGCAUGCAGUCUUCCAUCUGCUUUCUCUUCAUACUGUGGAUUAUCUUUUCCUUUGGUUCUUCUAAAUCUUCAGUAAUCGGUUGCAAGAUUGUUGGCUUACCUGCCUGUGCCAUUCUUCCUCUGGGCCUUCAUGCUUUUCUGCAUUGUGUUAACAUGUUUCAAGUGCAUGGCCUUCUACGGCUUCUAUGCCAAGCGUAUGAUACUAUAGAUAUAGUGUACCAUACUGCCUUUCUUUGCAUGGCUUGGACCCUGUCUGUGACCAUGCUCUUCUCCCAAUUUAAGUGGUUCUGUACCACAAAGAAUCUUGAUACAUCUUCACAAAUAACUGAUUGGGCUUCAUACUUUAUGCUGGCUGUGUCCUGAUACCCAUGUACUUAUGGUAAGCUAUUUGGGUAUUACCACUGCAAGACAAAACUGAUAUCUUAACCCGGCCAUCAACCCAAAUUGGACAUUCCAGACUACCACCAACUGGAUCCCAGCUGCCUUCCUGGGCUUGUGCCAUCCACCCUACUGGUUAUCUGAUAGAACAAGCUGGUGGCUGAUGGGUGACUGCUAGGCGUGACUGAGGUAAUAGACGAAAAGUGUUCUAUGUUAUCACAUUGGUUUUCCUGUACCUUUGGUUACUCUACAUCAUGACCAGCUACUGCCUAUGACAAAAUUGAUGUUUACAGGCCUGCUUUUUGCUUAUAAUUGACAACAUGUGCAAAAAUACCAAAUUUGUGUCCUGUGCAGUAUGAAGAAUUCAGUGAACAUUAAUGUAUUAGCUUGUUUUGCUCUCUGUUCAUAUAUGGCUCUAUUCUUAGAAAUAUAAUUUGAAUGUGAUCUUUCAAUAGUCUGAAUAUUUUACAAAUUAUAGCUAUGUCUUGUGAAAAUAACCUCAAAAAGAAAAAUAUGACUCUGUUGUCUUACUUGAUAUUUCUUGCCCUAGUAAUGUACUUGACAUUUAUGUUCCUAAGCAGUGUAAGUACUAGUAGAAUUUCUCUGUCAAACUCAAUGAUCAUUUAGUACUUUUGUCUUCUCCCAUGUGCUUGAAGGAAAAAUAAAGUGUCACUACCGUAUUUCUUGUUUUCAUCAAAAAAUAAAAAUAAUUUUAAAAAUUC